CCAAUUUUGAAAUCCGGGUUACCCGGUUUGUGCUUUUGCUAGCAGAAACCUAGCCAACAUGUGAGCGUUAGUGUUAUUCUCUCUACGAGAGAGGCUCUGUUCAUCGUUCAUCAUCUUCACCAGACUUUUCAAUUUCACUUUUUAAUUCCUCCGUAUUUCUCCUUCUUCAGUUCUCUCACUCUCCACAAUUGUUUUCUCUAAAAAAUUUCAAUUCCUUUGGCUGCGACGACGACAUUGUUUUUCUCAGUAACAAUAGAAUAAUAAGCGUAAUGGAGCACUCUGAUCCAAAAUCCACCAAGAAAGCAAAAAACAAAAAGAAAGUGGAUAAUGAACCACAACCUGAACCGGUUCAUGAACCGGUUCAGGUUAAGGUUGAAGUUCUCCGAUCGGAUCCAGAGAAAAUGCCUCCUUUUGUUGGCUAUUUUCCUUCUGGAUAUGAUCCGGUUAAGCAAUCUUCACGUGCAACCGAUGUCCAAGUUUAUCGAAACCAGUUUAUGAGUAAGAGAACUGAGCUUGUUGUCAGCCCCGCUGGGUCUUCGGUUGAAUUCGUUGGAACGAGUUAUGCCGGCGAGGCUACGGCACACCGAGGGAUGUAUGCGCUUGGUGUGUUUGAUAAGGAAGCUCAGACGCUUAAGGUUGUGCGAAUUGGUGCUAAUAAGAUAUUUAGAUUGGAACCAAGAGUGAGAGGUUUGGAAUAUAAGGAGCCACUUCCGAGUGCGGCUCCGGUGGAAGAGAUGAGUCAGGAUCAAUGGAGAGCCAAAAGUAGAUUGACUGAUGCUGCUUUCGGAACAAAGAGACAUAAUGAUAUGCGUAAUAAGUUUGAUGAAAUCAGAAAAGAUGAAGAACCUGAAGCUAAAAAGAACCUGGAUGAGAAAAUGAAAAAUGUUGAAGUUAAAGGAAUUGCUCUUGCAAACACAGAAGCUCAUGUCACUCGCCAUAUACCACCAUAUAAUACUUCUGCAACGACACCUCAGGAGGCUUAUGUAUUGGAUAAAAUCAUCCUUUCACUAGAAUGGAAUCACCUUCAAGACAUUUAUUAUCUCCUGCCAAAGGGAGAAGAAGCAGACUUCAGUGGUUACCCAACUUUUGUUCGCAACAGGAUAGAUAGAUUAAAGAAGAUUCAGGACGAGUCUGAAAAGCAAAAGCUUUGUUGCAUACUCUCAUUCAUCAAUUAUCUUGUCAAGUUCAAAGAUCAGCACACCAUGGACGGUGUUUCCACUUCCAAGGAUUAUAAAAUUCCUCACAUUCUGAAAAAUAGAUUUUCGACAUUGUUUGAAGUUUCUGAAAAAAGAAGGCUGCCCCCUGAAAAGAUUAGUCUUCUCGUCUCUUACGUUUUGGUGCUCACGCUUUUCACCGACGAAUUCCACACUGACUACAAAGAUAUAUCAAAGGAUCUGAGGAUGACUACAGCACCUGUGAGACAACUGUUUGAGCAUUUGGGUUGCAAAUUUUCAAAGGAGAAUGGGUGUUUCUAUGCCAAACUUGUUAUGCCUCUUACAUUUCCUGGUAUAAGGAGUUUUAAAAGGAAGAAAAGAAAUUGAUCACUUUUUGAGUCUGUUUUUGUUACUAUUGACUGUUGCAAAUCAAGUUGUUUUUCAUUCACAUAACUGCAGUGAUGUCAAAUUUUGCCACAUCCAACACUAGGUGUUAUUGAAUACCACCUUAGUUAUGUCUAUUAAAUCUGCGUACGUUUGAACCAUGUUGUUAAUUAUAGUGUACUAAUUAUAAUCUAUUUUAUAAACCAUACACUUGUCAAA